UACGCAUACGCGAUCCACAACGACGACAUCAGCCCUCCUUGUCUUGUGCAGUUUGACUGGCGCGGCUGACUCUCAUCGGUCGAACAAAAAUGGCGACUCGUCUGCUAAAAGUUAAUCCAACUUUGUUGAAAUAUGUCCAGAAGAAUGGGCUUUACAAGAUCCCCAAGCAAUGGAAGGCUACAGCCGCGUCGCCUCUUCAACAGGCCCUCAUCAAUCAACCACCAACGUGUACCACAACAUUGGACAAUGGUAUGAGAGUAGCUAGCGAAGACAGUGGUGCUGCAACAGCCACUGUUGGUCUCUGGAUCGAUGCUGGUAGUCGAUGGGAAUCCGAUGAGAAUAACGGUGUUGCUCACUUUAUGGAACAUAUGGCUUUUAAGGGAACAGCUAAAAGGUCACAAACUGAUUUGGAGCUUGAAAUUGAAAAUAUGGGAGCACACUUAAAUGCUUACACUAGUCGGGAGCAAACUGUAUUCUAUGCUAAAUGUUUGAAGCAGGAUGUGCCCAAGGCUGUAGAAAUUCUUAGUGACAUUAUUCAAAAUUCAAAACUAGGAGAAAAUGAAAUUGAAAGAGAACGAGGAGUCAUUCUGAGAGAAAUGCAAGAAGUAGAAACUAACUUGCAAGAGGUUGUUUUCGAUCAUUUACAUUCUACUGCCUAUCAAGGCACUCCCCUUGGAAGAACAAUUCUUGGGCCAACUGAAAAUAUCAAAUCAAUUUCAAAGAAAGAUUUGCAGGAAUAUCUCAGAAAUAACUAUGGUCCACCAAGAUUCGUUUUGGCUGGUGCUGGAGGUGUUGACCACAACCAGCUUACUCAGCUUGCUGAACAACACUUUGGAAAAAUGACCGGCCCAGCAUACGAUAAAAUCCCAGAUCUUAACGUGCCAUGCCGUUACACCGGUUCCGAAAUUCGUGUGCGAGACGACUCCAUACCUCUGGCUCACAUUGCUAUCGCCGUCGAAGGUGCUGGCUGGAGCAGUGCUGAUAAUAUCCCCUUGAUGGUAAUGAAUACUCUGAUGGGUGCGUGGGAUCGCAGCCAAGGCGGUGGUGCUAAUAACGCCACUACCUUAGCCAGAAUAGCUGCUUCCGGAGAACUUUGCCACAGCUACCAAAGUUUCAAUACCUGCUACAAGGAUACUGGCCUGUGGGGAAUCUACUUUGUUUGUGAACCCAUGCAGUGCGAAGAUAUGGUAUGGAAUAUCCAACAGGAAUGGAUGAAACUUUGCACAUCUGUAACCGAAAAAGAUGUUAACCGAGCGAAAAAUAUUCUGAAAACAAACAUGUUCUUGCAACUUGACGGUACUACCGCCGUAUGCGAAGACAUUGGCAGACAAAUGCUCUGCUACGGUCGCAGAAUUCCUCUUCAUGAACUUGAAGCUAGAAUAGAGAGCGUUACAGCUAAGACGAUUCACGAAACCGGUAUGAAAUACAUUUAUGAUCGUUGCCCAGUCAUCGCAGCUGUUGGUCCAUGUGAGAACUUGACUGACUACAAUGUUAUCCGUAGCGCCAUGUGGUGGGCUCGUUAUUAAAACAAUUAAGAUCAUGUUCAGUAAAGUUAACGAUAAAUGUUAGGAAUUUUAACUUUGGAGAAUGACAUUGAAUCGAUCUAUGCAGUAGAACAAUUUAUGUAAUUAAAAAGUUUUUGUUUUUUUCAUUGUCACAUGUGAAAAAUAUCGAAAUGUGCUUUGGCAAUUGCUAUUAAAGUACUACGAGAAAACUAGGAGCAUGUACAUUGAUUUACGAAUGUUGAAAAAAAAAAUAAAAAUUCAAUUUCUUUUUA